UACCUGUUGCGCCCCAUUGGUUAAUUUUGUGAUUUGUGAAAGUCGGCAAGACAGCUUUAGGUCUUCUCUGUAGUUAAGAAACUAGCGUGUGUGCUCAAAAUCGGAGAAGUCUUUUCGGUCUAGGGUGUCCAAAUACGCACCUCGCCUUUGUAGAGCUGGUGCGCUACUUCAGCCAGAAAGCACUUUAUUACAAUUUCUCACAUUUAAAAAUAUUUGGUUUGAACUCUGGCUUUCAUUGAAACAACGGAACAUGGAUUUUAGAGAUACGUAUUUUGCAGCCGUGGUAGUGGUCGUGGCGGUGUUUUUCUUCCACACGAGUGAGCAACAGGGCCAACAGAGCAAUAAAUGUCUGGAGGAUUUCAGCAACACCCUCCUGGGUUGUGUGAGAGAGGCGGGAAUGACAGAGGGAAGCUUCCUCUGGUUCGUCACUAACGGAACAAGCAAACGGUCCAGUCCGCCUUCUAAUGAGGCGACAUUCAAGGAGCAGAUCUGUGGUGCUCAGCAACAGGUAGGCGCAUGUGUGUUUCAGCGCGUGGCCCCAGUAGUCAACAGCUCGGCGUGUGUGGGCACGUCACAAGCCACCAACCAACAGGACAUCAUUAGAACUCAGCUUACCACCAUCUUCUCUACCUACGACGGAAAGUGCAUGCAUCUGGAUGAGGAGUGGGGAUGA